UCUGCAAUCAUGAUCAAACUGUUAAGUGUCACCAUUGUUGCAGGAUUAGUUUUUGAAAGCAACCAGCAGACCCCCACUGUGUCCAACUCAGUGGAACCAGCUGAUAAACAGAGAGCACUUCUUUCAUUUCCUUUCCCUGCAGUAAAGCCAGUCUUUUCAGGAUGGCCCUGUUACUGGCCCACCCACAUACAAUGUUGGACAGACUGGUUUGACAGAGAUGACCCCUCUGGAACUGGAGACUGGGAAACCCUCUACAGUCUUCGCAUGGAGAACCCAGGAAAGAUCUGCCCUAAUCCAGUAGAUAUAGAGGCCAAAACUCUAUCUGGGCUCAGUGUGGCUGCAGCAGGGGAUGUGAUUUAUAAAAGUGACACAACUGUAGGAUUCGUCUGCAGGAAGAGCGACCAACCCACAAAGACGUGUAAUGAUUAUCGUGUUCGUUUCAGCUGCCAUCCCCCUUUCUGUGGCGGAGGAGUUUGCUGGACCAAGUGGUACGACCGGGACAAUCCCAGUGGAACUGGGGACUGGGAGCUUUUGAGUGACCUGAGGAAGGAAAACCCAGGACAAAUCUGUGAGCACCCUCUGUACAUCGAGGCCCAAACCACUGACACAUCGACCCCGGCCAGCUCCACAGGGCAGACCUUCUUAACCUUCAAUCCAACAGAGGGAUUUGUUUGCCGCAACGCUGACCAGAAAUGGGGCGGUUGCCGUGACUACAGAGUUCGGUUUGGAUGCCCAUGCGAUCAUUAAGCCCUGGCUCCAUGGUGACACUAAGAGAGAUGGGGAGAGAGGAACCCUCCAAUUCUUGCCUCUUUAAUUUUUGUCGAUUUCUUUUCUUCUUUAUCAUAUGAUUUACUGCUCCUCCUGUGUUGAUAAUAGUCCUUUUUCAUGGCAGACAUUUUGACCUGUCAUAGUUGCAAAAGCAUCAUUGUCACUAAUAACAUUAAAAGUGACUCUGUUCUAUUCAAGUGCCCCAGUGAGCCAUGACAAUGUGACAGUGAGCCACCAUGAACAAUACCAGGACCCUGAAGCUAAAGCAGCUUAAUGGAAUUUGGUGUUCAUUUUAUUAUUUACAUCUAUGCUUCUCCUACCAUGAAAUGUCAUUUUAUCUUCUGUGAAAAAAGGGCCAUUAGGUGCUUUAUCAGUCUAUCUAUCCUUUUUAGUGAUUAUGAAACCAUUAUCUCGUAUGACCACUGUAGAAAACAAA